AUGUUCGUUUCGAUUGAGCUCUGUGAAACGUUACCUGAGGGCCUACCUACGAAUCAAUUGAAAAGAAAAGCCAGUGAGAACGUAGAUGAAGUGGCCCAAGGACUGUCCAAUGCCAAAGAAUUUGCCUUUUCUCACAACCCUUCUCCCCAAGUAGGCCACGAAGGCCUGCUUACCUUGCAAGCAGUAAUCGAUCAAGUCACAAGUUCCGACAAGAUUCAGUGGGCCACAGAAGUGGUUCAUUCUGCCAGACAAAGAUUUGGAAGGAUUCCUCGCGGUGGAUGGCCUCAUAUAACAAGGACGUUCAAUGAAAAGUUCCAAACCACUAAGUCAAUAUUGAAUGUGAAGUUACUUGUGAGGAGUGGUGAGAAAGAGGACUCAUAUCUGUCUGGGGAAACCCAGAAAAAUAUGUCUUCUAAAACGGAAAUUUCUCUUUUUGGAAAGUGCUCAGUUGAGUUUAAUUCCCAAAUCGGACAAGUAAAAUUAAUUCCACGCGAUUUACGGACGCCGACCAGGAAAGUUCCCUAUCAACUUCUUAACAAAGAAAUUUUGACUGGUAUAAAUGCCUCGAUUGGAGAAUUUAUGAAAGCAAAUCAACCGGAUAAUCGCAAUGACAUUGCUGACAUCCUCUAUGCUGGCCAACGGGCAUAUGAUGCAUUGACCCACCGAGUCUGUAAAAAAAGUGAAUGGAUUGGAAUUAUGAACGCGAAACUUGACAAACUUAGGAAGGAACUCGACUUGGUAACACCACUAGCUAAUAAUGACAAAACGAGAAAAUCAUUUAGUGAUGAAUUGAGAGACAUUUUGAGCAAAUAUGGAUACCGGAAGGCUAAAAAAGGAGAUUUAUUUAGAAUUGUCACUUGCAUCCAGGAUGAGGUAAAGAUUGUUGAAAAAAAAUUGGCAACCCAUGAAGCUAGGAAAAAAUUCCGGAGGGACAAUAUGUGCUUUGAACUUAACCGAAGGCAGUUUUACAGAAACUUGACUGAGAAAAAGAAGAAUACACAGUUUAUGUUUGACCAGAGACAGUGUCUCUCAUUCUGGGAGAGUGUUUGGGUAAAACAUGAGUCCGUGGGGGACUCGAUUUUAUUGGAUAACCGGGUGACUGGUGCCGAGGACACAAUUGCUGAUUUUGGAAAAGACACAAUUAUUGAGAUCAUUAACCAGCUGCCAAAUUGGAGGGCAUGUGGAUGCGAUGGCAUAUACAAUUUUUUCUUAAAAAAGUUUACGUGGUCUACGAUGACCUCUGAAAGAACGUCGCGGAUAUCAUAUAUGGAAAGUACACACCUUAUUCCAAAAAAAGAAAUUUAUGACUCACCCAAGGACCUGAGGCCGAUUACUUGCAUGUCAAAUCUAUAUAAAGUUGUAACAAAAUGUGUGAACAGAAAAUUGACGGACUACAUUGAAGCAUACAAUUUGAUCAGCGACAACCAAUUGGGGACGAGAAGAAUGUGCCAAGGAGCCAAAGAGCAGGCAUUGCUCAACCAAUGUGUCCAUCAACAAAAUGGGAAUAAUUUGCCUUCUGCUUGGAUUGAUGUAAAGAAGGCUUUUGACUCUGUCGAUCACGAGUUUCUGUAUCAAGUCUUCGAUAACUCCGGCCUCCCCCAUUGGAUUGUGGAUUUUAUCAAGGCAAUUGUCACGAAAUGGAAGAUCAAGCUGAGAUUUAAUCAAAAAGAGAUUGGUGAAGUGAAAAUGGAUAGAGGGAUCUUGCAGGGUGAUUCUUUAUCGCCGCAAAUCUUUGUUCUUGUCCUGGACCCCCUGAGUAGAAUAUUGAAUGCGAAAUUCCCAAAUGUGCUAGUGGACAAGUCAGGCAAUAGUCCUCGGGUAUACUCAACGAACCACUUGUUGUUCAUGGACGACCUAAAAUUGUUUGCUCGGAAGGAAGACACUGUAAUGAGAAUGAUGACCGAGGUUGAUCAAUUCUUUCGAACUGCCGGAUUGGAGCAAAACGCUGAAAAGUCUGCAACUAAUCUUGAAGGGUUGAGUAGCAAAGCUAAGCUGCUUGACGGGAUUGAUGGCUAUCGUUACCAUGGAGUAUUGGAAGACAAAGAUAGCAGAGUUUUGAAGAAUGACACGAUGAACUCAAUAUCGAAUGCAAUCGAGGAGAGAAUUAAUAGCCUGGCAGACUUGAAGCUAAAUUCUACAAAUUUUUUCAAGGCUGUCAAUGAGCAUGCAUUAUCGUUGUAUAAUUACUACAUCGGGCUUAUUGAUAUCGAACCAUGGGAAUUUGAGAAUAUCGACAAGAAUGUGCGCAAGAUUUUGAUACGCCACCAAAUACACAUGAAACCUGGAAACAAACAUAGACUUUAUUUUUCAAGAGACCGACUAGGAAGAGGAUUGGUUUCUGUGGUGCAUAAAAGCGAGCGAAUGCUUCUUGAAUUCCUCAAGGACAUUGAGAGGAAGGCUUCCUAUUGUUUUAGGAGAGAAGGAAUCCUGAAGGCCGUCAGAUUCAAGAAAACUCAUAUGGCCACUAUCAAGGAAUUCCUAUGCAGAAAGUACCAAUUUGCAACUCCGGAAAGCCUCAAACUGAAUGUUCUGAAGGAUUUGCAAGGAAAGCACUUAUUUGAACAGAUACGAAAAAAGCCACUUCACUCGAUUUUGUUCAAUUGCUAUGAUGAUUUGGACGUGGAUCUGAAAGAAUCGUCCUGGUGGUUAUCGCAUGGGAACAACUCUCCAUGGUCGGAGGGAAUGCUGUGCAUGGUUCAGGACCGCAACUUAUUCUUUGACAACGGUGGUAGUUGUUGCAACCAUUGCAACGCCGCCAAAAAGACUGUGGAUCAUCUUGCUACAAGAUGUGGCAGAAUGUUGAACAGUGACUACCUACGUCGCCAUAAUGAGGUUGUAAGGUGCAUGCACCUGCAAAUCUGCCGAAAAUAUGGAAUAAAACAGUCUAGGAAGUUAAAGACCCACUCCGUUCAGUCGACUGUCUCUAAUGAGGUGGUUGAAAUACGUGUGGACACUACCAUCAAGACGGACACUAUAGUGAGUAAUAAUAAACCGGACAUUUUUGUCUUCGACAAAGUUCGGAAUAUUAUUACGCUUAUCGAAAUUGGGAUUACUUCUCAGCAAUCCUUGAAGCAAGUAGAAGUAGAAAAAUUACAUAAAUAUGACCCUUUGGCGAACGAAUUGAAGGUAAUCCAUAAUGCAAAAGUGAACAUCAUACCGUUGGUUAUUACGUGGGAUGGAAUAACAUCCAGAUUCUAUAAACACUACCAGAACUCCUUGCAAGUUCAGGAAUCUACGCGAGCUUAUAUCCAGCCAAUCGUGAUUAAAAGAACAUUGGAAAGCAUGCACCCGGAGUAUAAACUCCUUCCUACAGCGGCGAAUCAUGCAACCAAAUCGGACUCGAGAACAACCACAAAAGUGGCCUGCCCUGUGAAAUGGAUAAGUGUACCCGUCGAAGACAUUUCUGAAUUUAAAAGAACAAAUGGCUAUUAUUGA